UCAGCUGGCCUCUGAUCAUGUGACUGAACCGAACGCGUUCUGCACAUGCGCGUGACGAUGAGCCGUGACGAUCUUUUCCGGGUCGAGAAAUUAGCACACCCGUGAAUGUGAGCUAGCGGGCCCGAAUCGUUCAUUGAAAACCCCCCCGAAGGAAAUACAAUCGGACAUUUAAACACGUACAGUACAGAACUUUCACGUGCAUAGUUCUGUAACCAUAUGACACAGCGAUGCCGGGGCUCAGCUGUCGAUUUUACCAGCACCGGUUCCCAGAGGUGGAGGAUGUUGUGAUGGUGAAUGUGAGGUCCAUCGCCGAGAUGGGCGCGUACGUCAGCCUCCUCGAGUACAACAACAUCGAGGGCAUGAUCCUCCUGAGCGAGCUGUCACGUCGACGUAUCCGCUCCAUCAACAAGCUCAUCCGCAUAGGCCGCAAUGAAUGCGUGGUCGUCAUUCGAGUAGACAAAGAGAAGGGAUACAUUGAUUUAUCAAAAAGAAGAGUUUCACCAGAGGAGGCCAUCAAGUGUGAAGAUAAAUUCACCAAAUCCAAAACUGUGUACAGCAUCCUGCGGCACGUUGCGGAGGUGCUGGAAUACAGUAAGGAUGAGCAGCUAGAGAGCUUCUACCAGCGCACCGCCUGGGUGUUCGAUGAGAAAUACAAGAGGCCCGGAUACGGAGCAUAUGAUGUCUUCAAACAGGCUGUAUCAGAUCCUGCCAUUCUGGAUGGGCUGGACUUAACCGAGGAAGAGAAGAAUGUGCUCAUUGAUAACAUCAACAGGCGACUCACUCCACAGGCCGUCAAAAUCAGAGCCGACAUUGAAGUGGCGUGUUACGGCUAUGAGGGCAUUGAUGCCGUGAAGGAGGCUCUGAGGGCCGGGCUUGGCUGCUCCACGGAGGCCAUGCCCAUCAAGAUCAACCUGAUCGCUCCCCCUCGCUACGUGAUGACAACGACCACUCUGGAGCGCACCGAGGGCCUGUCUGUCCUCAACCAGGCCAUGGUGGCUAUCAAGGAGAAGAUUGAGGAGAAGAGAGGUGUCUUUAACAUCCAGAUGGAGCCCAAGGUGGUGACGGACACGGAUGAGACGGAGCUCGCCCGGCAGCUGGAGAGGCUAGAGAGAGAGAACGCUGAGGUGGACGGAGAUGACGACGCAGAGGAGAUGGAGGCUAAAGCCGAGGACUAGUCGGUCCUGGCAGGAAGGCAGUUGGUGAAAGAUCUUCAAAGAAGAAAUGUGGACAGACCUGGCCACAGUCACCCAGUCCAACAGAUGUUAACUUUCACAUUGCAAACAUUAACUGGCGUUAAUAGUUCAUUGGCAAAUGGUUUGUUCUCUCGCAAGGUUCGUUUCAGAAGAUGGUUACACAAAAAGCUGUCUUUCUGUGCAGAUAUUGAAGGGAAGGUAAAUUACAAAUUAAACGACAAUAUAAUUUCUUUUUAAUUGCAUCGAUUUGAAAAAUAACUCUAAAAUAUCAAAAGCUGUUUACGAGCCUUCACUUGCCUCUUGCUCAAUAGCCCAGUGUCUUCAGUAUGCACGGCGCUUCAUCUGGCGGGUCACUGGAUGCAUUCGAUUUAAAGGGGAAGUGCAUCGGCUCGUCGGUUGUGAAAGUGUGCUUUUUUUUUCUUCCAGUUAGAGGGUUUUUACUGUCAAGACCUGCUCUUGUUCAGCUCACAUGGCAUCAAUAAAGUUCUGGAAGUUUUGAUCUUAA